CAGCUUUGCCUUCCUCUCGUUACUCGAUCCUCAGCAUACAGACACGAUGCUCUCGCGAGCCGUCACCACGGCAAGGACGGUGACAUCUGCAAGGCCAUGCCUGCGUGUAGCAGCCUCUCGCUGCUUGUCCACAACGUCGCACACGGCAGCCUCCUCCUCUUCUUCCUCAUCAUCCUCGACUCCCAAGUGGGACAAUCCCACCCUCGCCUCCUUGGAGUCUCGAGGUCUGCUCGCAGGAACAUCCUCGCGCCUCAUUGACGAGCAUUUGUCACAGCCUUCAAGCGCGCCAAGAUCAAUUUACCUCGGCAUAGACCCAACUGCCCCAUCCCUGCAUGUAGGACAUCUGAUACCCCUUCUCACUCUCCUCCACCUCGUUCAUCAUGGCGGCCAUCGCGGCAUCCUCCUCGUUGGUGGAGCAACAGCCAGUAUAGGUGAUCCAACGGGAAAGAAUGCUGCUCGCCCUGAUCUGGAUGGUGAUGCGUUACGAGGAAAUGUUGAGGCAAUUGAGCGACAAUUGGAUGAGCUGGUGUGCAGGGUGGGUGACUACCUCGGCGCGAGAAGGAUACGAAAACCGGCGGGACAAGGCGGAGAAGCUGGGCCCACUCAGACGCCCAUGGGACAAGCUGCUGAUGCUGGCGUGGGGAAGGCAGCAGAACAAGCUGCAGAAGCGGCCAUGAACAGCACGGCGGGGGAUGGAGCUGCUACCCCACCUGUGCCGGGGUCCACUCCAGCUACUCAGGGAGCGACGUCACCUUCUCGUGGCACCUCCCUGCUCGCGCGAUCUGGUCUUGACAUCAAGGUCAUGAACAAUCGCGACUUCUACGAGGGAAUGAGUCUCCUCGACUUCUUGAAGCACACAGGUCGUUACGCUCGUCUAGGCGAGAUGCUUGCUCGUGAUAGCGUCAAGACCCGCUUUCCCCCACCUCUGGGCACGUCCACCACCCCCAAUGCAGGAGGCAUGUCCUUCACUGAGCUGACCUAUCAGCUACUUCAAGCAUACGACUUCACUGUGCUCAACUCGCGCGCAGACGUUGGACACUGUACGGUCCAGCUGGGCGGAUCAGAUCAGAUGGGCAAUAUCAUGGCUGGAGUGGAUCUCAUUAGGCGGAAGGCUGCGAUGCUCGGCCAUGAGGAGAGGAUGAAGGCUCAACAGCAGGAUAAGGGGAAAGGCAAGGAGCAGAACAAGGAACAGGGCAAGGAGCAGCCUGUGCGUCACGCCUUCGCCCUGACCACGCCGCUCCUCACAACGUCUACGGGCGAGAAGUUGGGCAAAUCAGCAGGCAACGCCGUCUUCCUUUCCCCUUCCCUCGUGUCAGCGUACGAUCUCUACCAGUACCUACUUCGCACGCCAGAUGCCGACGUCAGGGGCUUGCUGCAGAGGUUGACUUUUCUAGAUGAGGAGAGUGUCAAGGAGCGUUUGACGAAGGGUGGCAAGGACGGUGAGGAAGGAGGAGAGAUCGAGGGCAUCCAGCCACCAGCGAGGAGAAGAUUACAGGAUGUUCUGGCGGAAGAGGUCACGAGGAUGACGAGAGGAGAGGAGGCGCUGAAGGUGGCUCAGAAGACCACCUUCCUCCUGCACCGUCUCCUGCCCAGCUUCACCAGCGCCAGCGCCCUCAGCAGCUACGCGGCGACCUCCCGCCCUCAACUUUGGGAUGAACUGCACCUCAUCAGCCAACACGAGCCUGCGUCGCUGCCUCGCUCCUCACAUCGAAUCAGGCGCUUGGACCUCGAUCCAGGACACCUGAACGAUGGGGCCACCAACCCAGUAGGAAUCGACUUCCUCACCCUCUUCUCUCACACCACAGAUCUCUGCACCGCAAAGGGUCCCGCACGCGCCAUCCUCGCUGGUGGAAGUGCUGGACCCCUCUACAUGAACGGGCAGCCACUUGGCCCGUGGGACAAGAGGCAGGUGGCCAAGGUAGGGGUCAAAGAGAAGAAUGUUGUUUGGUUGCCUGGCGGGGGAGGAGAGGGGGAGGAGAGGGCGAUGAUCUGGCUGCGGAGGGGCAAGAGAGAUUGUAGAGUAUUGCUUUGGGAGGGAAAGAGGGGCGAGAGUAAGCCAGGCGAGAGGUCGAAGCAGGACGAGCAAGAAAGGGAAGAGCAGUGA